AUGCCUUCGCCUCCAAUGCCUAGUUAUUUCGUGGAGCCGAUUGACGCCAUGGCUUAUUCCCGCAGAUUGUUUUUCUUCGAUAAGUUCACAGUUCGUGAUGCAUCGCUGCCAGAUCUUUUCACAGGAUUCAAUGAUAUUCGACCCAGUUGCACCACCUCUGGUCGUGGUUUCUUGUGGAUCGGUGAUGACACCGGAUCUGUGCAUCGAUUCGACCGAAGUCAACAAUUAACCUCCUUCAAGGCUCAUGCACAAUCAGUGCGCCUUAUGCAUCAGUCCAAGCAACAUGAUUUGUUAAUUACGGUGGGAUUAGAUGACUUGGGCGAAGAGCGACUCAAGGUGUGGAACACUGCAAAGUGGUUGAAUAAACCGACACCCUAUUGUUGUCGAACAACAACUACAGAACCGCCCGGACAAGCUCCUAGUCAUGUUUCCUGUUUAUUUGUGGACGAGCAACUUCAGUUUAUUCUCCUCGGUCACGUUCAAGGACACUUGCAAUUAUUCAAGGGUGACAUCAGCCGUGAAAGACAGUGCAAACGAUACCUCCUUCAUACUUUUAACACACCCGUCACUGGUUUGGGUCUACAGUUGGUUGGCCCAAAGCAACCGCUGGCCAAGCUUUCCGUUGUUUCCGAUUCCCGGAGCAGUCGAGCAGCCGAACUACAAAGUCCUGUUGUGUUUGCAACGACGGAACAGUGUGUCAUGAGCUUUGUUCUCGGUCGACGUGACGAAGUGUUGUCCAAAACCGUGCUCGAUCGGUUUGGUGCCUCAUUCGACUGUUCUUCAAUUGUCAGCCUAACUCCUGAUAAUCUUCAGUUUGCUGUUGCUUCUCGAGAUGCCAUCUAUUUCUACCAAUCGGAUGGACGUGGUCCUUGUCUCGCCACUGACGGAAAUAAACUUGCUUUGUCGGUUUUCAAGCAAUACCUGGUUCUGGUCAAGGGUCCUCCUGGUCUCUAUCUGUCCCACACCGGACCACUGUCAACUGCGGACAGCUUGCCAUUGGAAUCAUCCGUUACUCUGACAAUUCAUGAUCAACAAAACAAGUUCAUCGCCGGUGAAUUCUCGAUCCAGGGCGUGCUUUCCAUGUUUAUCGAGUGGGACGGGAUCUAUCUUCUGUGUUUGGAGCGGAACACUGAAGGUGCACUCAGGCAUACGUUGAUCGGGCUGGCAGAAAAGAGUACCCAUGCAAAGUUGGAAAUGCUGUUUUCAAAGAAGAACUUUCAAAUGGCUAUUGACAUUGCGAAGUCGCAACACUUUGAAAAGGAAGAACUAGCACGUAUAUUCGGGUGUUAUGCUGAUCACCUCUACAAACAAAAGGAUUAUGAUGGCGCCAUCAAAGAGUAUGUGAAGACCAUAGGUAUCCUCGAGGCUUCCUUUGUUAUUCAAAGGAAACCAAUCAACCCCCAAAUGAACGUCCCUGCCGCAGUUCACGUUCUUCGUCAAGCCAACUUUCCUGACGCAGCUUUGCGACUGGCGCAGCUGUCUGGGCGUUUCGCAGAUCGUAUCGGUAUACUCAUUGAAGAUAUGGAUAAUUGUGCCGCAGCAUUGGAAGAAAUUGCACAAUUUCCAUUUGAUGAGGCGCUGCGAGCGAUAUGCAACUAUGGUCACAUUCUGAUGGACCGGCUACCAACGGAGACCCUUCAGCUACUGGACAGACUAUGUUCUCAACCCGACGCCUCUCGCAUUAAUGUUCAUCAUUUUCUCAAAGUGUUCAUCAACAACCGUUUGGGACUGAUGCAAUUUCUCGAGCGCUACAUUACGACGUCGGGGACAACUGUCAAGGUUGGAGGAGUGGUGGAUGCUUUACUGGAACUACUCCUGUACGAAAUCAAUCGCUUGAGAGAGACGCAGACUGAUUCCAAAGAAACCGUAUACGAACGCUUGUCUCAGCUGGCUUUGCGUUUACUACGCGAUGAUAAGCUGCCGUACGAUGAGAAGAAAGCCCUUUUGCUGUGUCAUCGGAGGGCUUUUUUCGAUGGCUGUAUCUAUCUUUGGGAGAAGCAACACUUAUAUGACCCCCUUCUUAAACACUACAUGAGUCUUGGUGCACAUCAGAAGGUGUUGGAAACCUGUCAGAAGUUUGGAAAAGAACUACCCAAAUUAUGGAUUUUGGCUCUACGUUACUUUGCCUCUAAACCAGACUGCGCCAGUGAACUCCAGCAGGUAGUCUCUGAGGUUGAUCGGCUCAACCUGGCUACGCCAAUGGUCGUGUUGCAAAUUUUGUCCGAAACUGAUGCGGAACAUAGUUGUUUGGUGGGAACCAUUCGGGAUUAUCUGUUGCGUCAUCUGGAGGCAGGAGCCAGUCAGAUCGCUGCAUUGCGUCAAGGAGUACAGAAACUGCGCAGCGAAACAAUGAGGAACCGAGAAGUCGUUCGCAGUUUGAAUAGCCAGGUGAAAAUCUUCCAACAACAAAAAUGCGUCCUGUGCCACCAAAGCCUUGAACCACCGUCUGUUCAUUUCCUCUGUGACCAUUCCUAUCACAAGAUGUGCUUCGAAAACUACGCUUCGAACGAACAGUCUUGUCCAGAGUGUGCCCCGAAGAACAAGGUGAAAAUCUUCCAACAGCAAAAAUGCGUCCUGUGCCACCAAAGCCUUGAACCACCGUCUGUUCAUUUCCUCUGUGACCAUUCCUAUCACAAGAUGUGCUUCGAAAACUACGCUUCGAACGAACAGUCUUGUCCAGAGUGUGCCCCGAAGAACAAGGUGGGAUUUGAAGUACAAUGA